AUAUGAUGUAAAUGAAAACAUUUUUAGGAUAAAAUUAUAAUAUGUACAGUAUAUAUUGAUGACUUUUUAUGUCUACUAGAAAAAUAUUUGGCUGUAUUGUGUGCUUCAUUAUAAAAUGGGUGAAACUUCAAAGAUCCAGAAUAGGGUGAUAAUCUUGUCUGAGACAACAGUGGGACUAACAGGUUGUGUUGUUGGGAGAUAAGCUCUGUCUCUUCAUAACCUUACAAUGACACUACGGCAUAAUUUAAGACCUAUGUGAAUUUUUUAUCAUGUAGCUCUUAUGUUUUAUAUUUGAUUUGAUGUGCUCACGCAAACUACUUCAGGCAUUGGACUGCUGACUCGUAACUUUUGUUUGGUUGUGGGACAAAGACAAAGUCAAUAUCCAAUAUAUAAGCAAAAAGGGUCAAAAGGUCUUUGCAUUGCAAAACUUUCAAAGCCUUUACAAAAAUAUACACAUCCACUCGGCUUGCUCUUUCUUUGGCCACCCGUUCCUCUUUAGCGAUAAGGAGUUACCCUCAUGCGUCCUAUUGAUGUUGUGGUCUCAGUUGCUCAAGGUUAUUUGGUCAACUAUGUCUCAGCUGGGCUUUACUCUGUUGACUUUGUGAAGUGAGUUGCCCUUGGAUCCAUGGCAGGUUAAACAUUAACCGAUCUGCAUUUGUUCUGUCCUGCAUGCAUCUGUUACACUCCGUCCGAUCACAGGAAUAUUCUUAAACCCAAGGGAUCUGUUCUGAACAAAUAUCAGAUGUUUUUCUGUUCUACUGCCUCUUAACUAGCAGGGGUGCUCUGUUAAGUCGGCAGAGUUUUUCGACAUGCUGGAAAGGAUGCAGAUUCCCAAAACUGAGGAGACUAAGAAAUACAAGGAUGACUACAUCCCUUACCCACGUAUUGAGAAUGUCCUGGAGAAGGGUGGUCCCUACCCUCAGGUCAUUUUACCUCAGUUUGGAGGAUAUUGGAUUGAGGAUCCCGAGGCUCCGGUCGGGACGCCCACAUCCUCAGACAGCAGCUUCUGUGAGGAGGAGGAGGAUGGGCUGAACCCAGGUGGAGGAAGAGGAGGAGGCUUCAGCUACAGGCUGGAGUGUAACAGCAUCUCACGGGCUUAUCGCAAACACUUUCUGGGCAAGGAGCACAUGAACUAUUACUGCACAGGGAGUAGUAUGGGACACCUCAUCAUGUCUCUGAAGUACGAGGAGGCAGAAGGACAGGAGUCUCUUCGCAUCAUGCUCAGGUCAAAAACAAAGACCCUUUAUGAGCGAAUCCCACUUGAAGGCAUCCUCCAUCUACCCAGCGUACCACAGAUAGCCAAGCUGCUCUGCGAUGACGUCACCGGUCUGAAGUUCAACCCCGUCCUCUACCCUAGGGCCUCGCAACUGAUCGUCAGUUUUGAUGAGCAUGAAGUGAACAACACUUUCAAGUUCGGAGUCAUCUAUCAGAAGUUUGGUCAGACGUCAGAGGAAGAGCUGUUCGGGAACAAUGAGGAGACGGCAGCCUUUACUGAAUUCCUCACUGUUUUAGGAGACAAUAUUGAACUGCAGGAUUUUAAAGGGUUUAGAGGCGGUCUGGAUGUGUCUCAUGGGCAGACUGGAUCAGAGUCUAUCUACACCACGUUCCGUCAGAGAGAAAUCAUGUUUCACGUUUCCACAAAACUCCCCUUUACAGAAGGAGAUAUUCAGCAGCUCCAAAGAAAGAGACAUAUUGGCAAUGACAUUGUUGCAGCCGUCUUCCAGGAAGAGCCCACACCAUUCGUUCCUGAUAUGAUCGCAUCCAACUUCCUUCAUGCCUACGUGUUAGUGCAGGCGGAAAACCCCUGCACUGAUCACACCACGUACAAGGUGUCCGUCACAGCCAGAGAGGAUGUCCCUCCAUUCGGCCCCCCUCUUCCAAACCCUGCGGUUUUUAAGAAGGGUCCCGAGUUCCGAGAGUUUCUCCUGACAAAGCUGAUCAAUGCAGAAAAUGCAUGUUACAAGUCAGACAAGUUCGCCAAGCUAGAGGAGAGGACACGGGCCGCACUGUUAGAUAACCUUCACGAUGAACUGCACAGACAGACACAGGCCACAGUAGGACUGGGAUCAACUACAGAUGAAGAAAAGCUAGAAAAUGGGGGUCAUGGAGGGCUGCUGGAGUCUUUUAAGAGGGCCAUGCGUGUGAGGAGCCACUCUAUGGAGACGAUGGUGACUCAUAAACACAAGAGUCCUGGAGUGGCGGCAGGCGUCCCGUCCAGUGUGAGCGGUGGAGGACUCCAGCAGAACAGCAUGGAGUGCACCAAGAGCACCUUCACUCCUCCAGCGCUGUCUGCUAAAUCUCCUUUAAAGAGUCCAGUAAAGCGGCGCUCUGGUCUGUUCCCCAGACUGCACUCCAGCACAGACAGUCCAACUGAGAAACAUCCAUCUCGCAGUGACCAAAAAGCAGAAGUGUUACCUCACUCACAGGAUGUGAGGUCAGAGACGUCAUCCAAUCCGAGUUCACCAGAGAUCUGCCCGAGCAAAGAAAGGCCAUUUUUGAAGCUGAAAGAGUGUAGCGGCAGAGCUAAUAUCUCCCGAUCUUCCUCCAGCACCAGCAGCUUCAGCAGCACAGCAGGGGAGGGAGACGGACUGGAGGAGCUGGAAAUGGGCAGUCACUCGUUCACGGCUUCAUCUGUGUACAGUCCAUCUCUCGGUGCGGAAAGCCAGAACUCUGGAACGCCGCUGAUCAUGUGCCGCAGUCCCACAGAGGAUCCAUUGAUGAGUAAUGCUAAAUUUCUCCAAAUCUCUUCAGAUGAAGAAACAAAUGGAUGGCCUGAGGAUGGAAAGAGCAAAACUUCACCAAGGUCAAACUUGAAAUUCCGCUUUGACAAACUGAGUCACUCCACUGGUCAUUAGGUCAGACGUCAGACCAGAAGCCACUGCAUGGACAAAAGGCAGUGACUCUGAAUGGAUUUUUAUAGAUUGGAAGAAAAAGGGACCAUUUUCUCUUGCUAAUGCAGCAGUUGUCGUCACUCUUCAACAUAAUACACAAUUGAACACUAUUGUAAGAACUGAUCCUCCAAACACACAAAACUGUUUCGGAGGACAGAAAUGAACACCAGUCUUAGUAGAAAAAGCAACAAAUGUCUCUGUUUUUCCAACAAUUUAAAUGUAGUGCUCAAACAAGUGUUGAAAACUAUCCUUGCCUAACUGCAAUUGCUUUCUAGACAGAUGCUCAAUAUUAACACAGCCACUUGAAGUACUUGAAGAGUUCUCAGUCAUUAAUGUUACAAGAGAUACAGACUACAAAAUAGCAUUAGAAGCAUCAUUAUAAGAGUCUUUUACAGAGAUUAUGGGUCAUUUUGAGACUUGAAAACCAAUGCUCAUCAGUGUAAGCCUUAAAAUACUGUAGAGAACUAUGCUUUGCUGAGGACUGAGUUAUUUUUGAGUGAUGUGAAAAGGUCAAAUUUACCUUUCCUGAGGGUAACCAAAGAUUGACAUGGUUUAUUUGUGGUAAAGGGGAAAGGUUUUAACAAAAACACGAUAUUUCAUGAAUGGCGAAGAAACAUUUUAUUAUAUUUUUUAAGUAAAAUCUGUUCAUUUCAGCAUAUAUUAUUUCUCUAAAUAAAGACUUCAGUAUAUUUGUUCAACACUAAUUUUAUUAAACGGAUAUAUUUGCACAAUUAAAAAAAUGAAAUGAUAUACUUCACCUAGUUUCAUUUUGAGCUCUCAGAAAACACUCUUGAGAAAGCACAGACACAUAAACAUGGUUUUUCUUACUUUCAGACUUGUGGAUGUACAAAAAGGUCCUUUUUUGUAAAUGCUUUGUUAUUCAAUUAUGGCUGGCAGAAUUUUUUUUGAAGGAUUUUCUUUUGAAAUGAUGUGUUAUUUAUUUACAUAUAUGGGUCUCUCCUCAUUCCUCAUGAAUCAGUUGUUAGUUUUCAGUCAUACUCAUUAGUGAGGGCAUUAAACUGCAGAGAGCGCGUUAAACAUUCUUGUACAAUAGUGACAAAUGUGUUGGCAUAUAUGUUUGUACUGACAUAAUUUAUUGCUUUAAAAAAUCGUUGAUGUUACGUAAACAAAAAAAUACACGGAGAGUCAAAUGAAAAUAAUUUAAAAGAUUAUGUAUAUGUAUAUUUGGUUAUGUGCCAUUAAGAAUUUAUUAUAAAAAAUAAAAUGUAUUUUGUGUCAAA